UUGUUCCCAUAACAAACUCUUCUAAACCAAAAAAAAAAAAAAACACGACAAUGGGUUACGAUAGGCUCGGUCCAUCCGGACCAUCAGACCCGAACCAGAAGAUCCCUGCCACGUCACUCCCGGAGCUACAGAAGAAAACUAAAACGAAGCUGAUUCUCUUCACUUUGGCCGUUUUAGUCGUUGGAGUGAUCUGCUUCGGUAUCUUUGCCGGCAUCCGAGCCGUAGACUCGGGUAAAACCGAGCCGAAACUAACCAGUAAACCGACCCAAGCAAUCUCCCGAACCUGUAGCAAAUCCUUAUACCCGAACCUAUGUAUCGACACACUUCUUGAUUUUCCGGGAUCUUUAACCGCCGACGAGAACGAACUCAUUCACAUAUCAUUCAACGCAACGCUUCAAAGAUUCACCAAAGCUCUUUAUACUUCUUCGACGAUCACAUACACUCAGAUGCCGCCACGUGUACGGUCAGCUUACGAUUCUUGCCUUGAGUUACUUGAUGACUCAGUCGACGCGCUCACACGCGCUCUCUCCUCCGUCGUUGUUGUCUCCGGAGAUGAGUCUCAUUCCGAUGUGAUGACGUGGCUUAGCUCUGCGAUGACUAACCACGACACUUGUACGGACGGAUUUGAUGAAACUGAAGGUCAAGGAGGAGGAGUCAAGGAUCAAGUGAUCGGAGCGGUUAAAGAUUUAUCGGAGAUGGUGAGUAAUUGUUUGGCGAUAUUCGCCGGAAAAGUUAAAGAUUUGUCUGGAGUUCCGGUGGUGAAUAAUAGGAAGUUACUUGGGACUGAAGAAACAGAGGAAUUACCUAAUUGGUUGAAGAGAGAAGACAGAGAGCUUCUUGGUACUCCGACAUCAGCGAUUCAGGCUGAUAUCACGGUGUCGAAAGACGGUAACGGAACGUUUAAGACGAUCGCGGAAGCAAUCAAGAAAGCUCCGGAGCAUAGUAGCCGUAGAUUCGUCAUCUACGUUAAAUCAGGAAGAUAUGAAGAAGAGAAUCUGAAAGUUGGGAGGAAGAAGACAAACUUGAUGUUCAUCGGUGACGGCAAGGGUAAAACGGUCAUAACCGGUGGAAAAAGCAUCGCCGAUGAUCUAACUACUUUUCACACCGCAACUUUCGCUGCGACUGGUGCUGGAUUUAUAGUGAGGGACAUAACGUUUGAGAAUUACGCCGGACCGGCUAAGCAUCAGGCCGUGGCACUCCGUGUUGGUGGAGACCACGCGGUGGUUUACCGUUGCAACAUUAUCGGUUACCAAGACGCUCUUUAUGUACAUUCUAACCGACAGUUUUUUCGCGAAUGCGAAAUUUAUGGAACGGUCGAUUUUAUAUUCGGGAAUGCAGCUGUGAUAUUACAGAGUUGUAACAUCUAUGCGCGUAAACCGAUGGCUCAGCAGAAGAUUACUAUCACGGCUCAGAACCGAAAAGAUCCGAAUCAGAACACGGGGAUUUCGAUUCACGCUUGUAAGCUACUUGCUACGCCGGAUCUUGAAGCCUCUAAGGGUAGUUAUCCGACUUAUCUCGGCCGUCCGUGGAAGUUGUAUUCUAGAGUUGUGUACAUGAUGUCGGAUAUGGGCGACCACAUUGACCCGCGAGGAUGGUUGGAGUGGAACGGUCCGUUUGCGUUGGACACGUUGUACUACGGUGAGUAUAUGAACAAAGGGCCGGGUUCAGGAAUGGGUCAACGAAUCAAGUGGCCGGGUUAUCAUGUUAUUACCUCAACGGUCGAGGCUAGCAAGUUUACGGUGGCUCAGUUCAUUUCUGGUUCUUCGUGGCUGCCAUCAACUGGCGUGGCCUUCUUCUCUGGGUUGUCACAAUAGACUGUCUCAGCUUGUAUGUAACGUAUACGAAAGAUUUUAUGUACAAACUCAAGAUUUGCAAUAUAGUCCAUAAGCCAUUUUAAGUGUACUUAUUGUAAUGACAGGACACCUUCUUGAAUGAAAUAAUGAUUAUGAU